AUGAACCUCGAGGUUGAUUAUGGAGGUUCCAGCAGCAGCGGCAAUGGAAAGCUGCGCCACUGGCUCAUCGAGCAGGUGGACUGUGGGAAGUAUCCUGGACUCGUGUGGGAGAACAAUGAGAAGAGCGUCUUCAGGAUACCGUGGAAACACGCUGGAAAACAGGACUACAAUCGAGACAAGGACGCCGCAUUGUUCAAGGCCUGGGCACUGUUCAAGGGCAAGUUUCGGGAGGGGGUUGACAAGCCAGACCCACCGACAUGGAAGACCCGUCUUCGCUGUGCUCUCAACAAGAGCAAUGACUUUGAGGAGCUGGUAGACAGGAGCCAGCUGGACAUCUCUGAUCCAUACAAGGUGUACCGCAUCAUCCCUGAGAGUGCCAAGAAAAGACCUCGACAGGAGAAUAACCCACUGAGUCCAAGGAGUUAUCAAGUGCAGUCCUACCCUUCACUGCAGAAUCAGAUGCCACAGUUCAUGCCAGAAUGUGGCUGGAGAGAUUACUGUCAGGACCAGGCCCCCCUGCUGGAGCUGCCCUGCCCCCCCCGCAGCUUUCCCUGGAAGGGUCCAUCCAUAGAGAAUGGAUACCAGCUCAGAGCCUCUGUUUACUCGUACGGCCCUGCUGACUGCCAGCCGCUGCCAUUCACCCUGGACACGAGCAUCAGAUCAGCAGAGGCACUCUCAGAUGUGCGCCUGCAGGUGUCCGUAUAUUUCAGGGACAGUCUCGUGCAGGAGGUGACCACAUCCAGUUUGAAGGGUUGCCACAUCACUCCGUUCCUCCCUGAGGAGGAGCACAACCUGCCGCCUGGAGGUCCUGAUGUGAUACCUCUGCCUUUGGACAGCCUCCUCACCCAGAGGAGGACAGAGGAGAGGACCCACAACUCCUUUUCCAACUUAGAAAGGGGAGUAUUACUGUGGAUGGGUGCGGACGGACUGUACGCUUAUCGCCUGUGUCAGAGCCGAGUGUACUGGCAGGGAGGACUGUCCACGCAUGGAACCAAGGCCUGCAUGUUAGAGAGAGAGGUCACGUGUAAACUCCUGGACACACAGCACUACCUCACAGAGAUCCAGAGUUAUGGACUCCAUGACCGACGACUGCCUCAUUUCCAGGUCCUGCUUAGUUUUGGAGAAGAGUGUCUGGACCCACAGAGCCAAACAUGCGCCCUUACUGUCCAGGUGGAGCCGCUGAUUGCCAGGCAGCUCCUGUACUAUGCUCAGCAGACGGGCAGCCACUACUACCGUAGCUAAGAGGUUUCACGAGUCCCAGAACACACAAAAACCAGAGGGUCCAAACCAGAGGGUCCUAACACAGCACCACAGCAGCAUCAGCCUGCAGAAGUGACUCAGGAUACUGCUGUGAGCUUUUUAAACAGGCAGUGCGACAACGUCUGAGACAACAGACAACAUGGACAGUGUUACACAGGCAUGAUGGGCAUUUAGUGACCAUUGCUGUUUGCUGAGUACAGUUUCUUUGUGUGUAUAUGUAUGUGUGUCAAAACAAACAUGCAAUAUUUUUCUACAUUCUCCUUUUGUUUUUUUCAGGGGACACAGACAUUUUCCAAAAUGUAACACAAGGUGAUUUUUUUUCUAAUAAAAACAAAGUUAUGUUUUGUGUCUUAAAUAAGCAGAUUAAUUAUUUUCAUACAUAUGAAAUGAAAGUAAAAAGAGAAAUAUGAAGUAACUACGCCGUGUGUAGCUGCGCAGUAUUUCAGCUGUUUAAUCAGAGAGUGAAACAAACACUGAUUAUGUGUCCCAAACUCUCCCAGAACUACUGUUCAGGGGCGACAGAGGCUCAGUCGUAGAGUGAGUCGUCUUUCAACUGGAAGGUUGAAAUGAUGUUCGACGGGUCCUUGAGCAAGACACUUAACCCCACGUUGCUCCUGACAGCUGUGUCGGCAGCGUGUGAUGGGUAUGAAAGAGUGAGUGAAAGGUGGUGAAUAACAAAACUAGUGUAAAGCAGCUUUGACUGGUCAUCAGGACUAGGAAAGCACUUUAGCACAAAGCAUUUACUUUAACAACGUUGCAUCUACUCCUCACU